AUUGGAAGACCGCAGUAAAUUAAACCGAAUUGAAUUAUUUUAUAUCAUAUAGAUUGGAUAUGAAAAACUACAACAAUGGUCACAAACAAAGUACCCUCAGGGUCUUUUCACACGUACAACUGUGAAUUGGGUUUCGAUGAGCGCAUCAGCAGCACUGUGCCCUCCAAAUCUGGGGGAGUAGCGCCGCUCGCGGGAAUAGCCCACCAGCGGAGCGGUACUCGCUCUGCCCGUUCUGUGCGCCAACGAAAUAUCUUCGUCUAGACUGAAAUAUUUUCCGGGCACCGAACCUACAAAAUCUCCACUGGCAUGGAGCUAGGAGCACAUUGAUAGUGAUAGUCUACAAGAUCUUGGUUUCUAUGCAUUGCCUGCCAAAGAAGAACUGAGCCCAAUGUUUCCACACAAUUCUAGUUCACAUGAGAUUUCUACAGAAACAAAUGCCUUCGUACAAAAUUCCAUGGGGGAUGUAGUAGUAUUAGGGAAAAACAGUCCGAUAGGGGUGGGGAAGGGAAGAGAAUCAGAGAAUGCUAGGUACUGUGAUAUCGAAUUCAUAAACAACAACACGAUGGUAAAACCUAUAAACCAUCUCAAAAAUAUCGCCGCCAAUGACUUUUUAACCGUCCUGUCGGGUGAAACUGGCAAGUCCACCUUGACCAGUCGAAGCCCGACCUGCCAGUCAGUGGCGUCGUUAACCACAAAACACCCAACAAGAAAUCACCUUCUAACUUACGAUAAUAAUAAUAAUAAUAAUACUAAGAAUAAUAAGAAUAAUAAUAUUAAUAAUAAUAUUAAUAAUAAUAUUAAUAAUAACAUGAAUAAUAUGAAUAAUAAUAAUAAUAGUACUAAUAAUAAGAAUAGUAAGAAUAAUAAUGGUACAGUAAAUAAUCGCUCAACUCGAGCAGUACAUAAUCAUCAAGAUGAUCGAAAAACAACAGUUAAUGCAACAAGAAAAAGAAAUGAACCGGGCUCGCCCGGCAAAUGUAAACCGGGCAGCUCCGCCAAUAACUCUAAGUCUAUAUGUAAGACACUAAGUGAUAAUAAGACUAGCUUUAGCGUACUAAACAUUAGGGUACUAAAUAUAAGCAUAAAUCUACGAUUAACAGGGGAUAAGUGCGCAAUCGGUGAAGGGGUACCUAGCCUAGUUAGGAUACCCAAGUCUGAUCGCCCCUCAUCAGGCCACUUCUCUCUCGACUCUCUUGACAAUUACUCUUUAUUAGGGUCCUGCCUUCAUCCGGGCAAAUACAAUAACGUUAAGUCUAAUUCUAGCCUCCUAAGUAAUAAUAACGAUAACUACAAGUCUGUGAUAUUGCUCAGCUCAACCAAUAACCAUUAUUUCCUCCGCGUCGAAAUGGACGGUGGUGCGAUCGCAAUGAGACUAAGAGCCCAUUGGAAUUCAUACAGAUUAAUGAUGAACUCUUCUUUCGACGGUUUAUUGUUAGACAAACGAUUGCUUUCUGUGCCGCAGAUUGAACACCGUAGAAUUAUGAAAAUAUUCUUGAAGAAUAAUCAAAUUGAGAUGAUCAAGAUCCUGCAGAAUUUUGUGUCAAACUAUUUUAAGGACGCACGGAGAGAAUCUUGUUCGAUACGUUUAUCAUCGAUCGAAAUUCAUGCGGAGAACACCGAGUUCCCAGUAACACAGGAACUAUCGUACGAACAGAAAAUCAGAGAAAGAUUCUUGUCCGCUGCAACUCAGUCCGACAAUUCUGAAACGUUUGCAGACUAUGCAUCUUUAACCGAAAUUCAACUGGAACUACUGAAAUUUCAAUCCACAUAUCUAUUUUUGAAAAAUGAAUCUCGCCUUCCGUUUUACGUGAAAAUGAUGGAGAAAUUACUGACGCUUACUCUAAAGGGCAUAAAGACAUCUAAGAUACUAAAUCUCCUUUCAUCCGAGGUAUUUGAAAGGUUAUCGUGCAUCCCCAAACAGAUUUUGUUGAGAAGUACCGUUUCAAAAGUGAACACUUCGUCCAUAAUUAUCGAAUUUUGUCUCAUGGAAAUUAACGAUAAGAAGGAGGCGGAGAAAGAGGAGGAGAAGGAGGUGAAGAAGAUGAAACAGCAGCAGAUUAAUAUGAAGAGGAAGAAAGGGAAGAAGGAAAUGUUGGAAAAUAUUAUGACCAUCAAUAUCGAUAUAUCGUUUGUAAACAAUAAUAUUGCGUUAACGAGCAUUGAAGAAACCUGUAAAGAAAUAUCAAAGUCGCCUUUAAAUUUCGUAAUACCGAAGAAAGUUAAAAUAAGUGAUAGAUCGUCGAACGAAGAAUCAGAUUUGAUGACUAAGGAAGGGGAUAAGGUGGCCACCAGUUCUUCCAUUACGCUUAUCGUUCCCGGAAACGAGCUAACUGACCAGCCUCCGCGACCUCUCCCGUUGAGAAACGCGCCGAAACGCGCACAAUCCUCUCCUCCAUGGCUCGACCUGGUCGCGAGCGAGCUGACGCAACGCGCAUGUGUUCCACUCUCGUUAGAUUGUAAGCUUUAUGUGGUUAAUAAACUUAGCUCUAAGGUGAUUUGCGAUUUUAGUAUUAUGAGGAAGGGGAUACCGAGCCACGAGACUAGCUGCGAGACUAAAACUAAAACGACACAUCUCCGUGUCCAACUCUUGAGUAUUUCUUCGACGGUGAAUGGGAAGAAAUUGGCCUUUAACGUACAAUAUUAUAUGACUGUGAACGAAGCGAAUCGAAACAUUGAAGCAGAUCAUCAAACCUUUAUUUACAGUAAAACUAUCGUGAUCACUCGGCGGCAUUCGUUGACGAGAGCGACUGCAAUCUAUCGUACAAUUUGGGAUCCAAAGAAUACAAAUUUCCGUGCUCUCCUCUCCAAGACGCUUAGAAGCGCGGGAGUCGCGGACAGUUCAAUCACGACGGAACAGGAUCGGCCGACCCUAACGGCCGCGAAGGCUUCGGACACUAGCACCGGGCCAGGUGGCAGCAAGGCGUUCGGACCCGGCGGCAAACUUACAAACAGCGCUGCAUCUGUGUUCCUGUUGGAGAACCGUAGGCGAAUGCUCGUUCAUUCGACACCGACAACCUCGAAGAAAGAAUAUCCAAACGUAUGGUUUACGAUAAGAACCUCCGAAGCAAUAACUUUGAACUCGACGGAAGAAACAAUGGCAGAGAUGUUGUCCUGGGGAAUUAAUGGUAUUAGUGACGUGGCAACAAUUACUGUUGGUGCUCUUUUAUUUCAGGAUAAUGUUAAGUCUAACGAGCCUAUGGGCGCUUAUUUCGUGAACUAUAGCUACUCGGAGCCGUAUGUGCGUGACGGCACCGAGUUUGUUAAGGCUCUUUCUAAGUCUACUAUAGGGAAUAGAUUUAGCUUUAAGGGGGAGAACCAAGCCGAGUUCGCUCUCUACAUUCCUACUACGACUACCUGCAAGCCUACGAUGACGCUUAAACGCCAAUCUGCAUCCCGAUUAAUCGGUGUACCUGGAUCUCGGCCGAACUACUUCGAGACAUUAUGGCCCGACCAAAUGCACACUCCUCACGAUUUUUAUGACAGUCUGCCGAACUGUAGAACUGUGGGAUAUCGCAAUGAUUCUCUUCCAGAGCGUGAACAGGAAGAACUAGAUUCUUCGCGAUCUUUCAACUGCUUUAACGAACAAAUGGCGCGUCGAGACGCUUACAAACCUAUUGAUUCUAAUCGAGUAGAAACGAUCAAAUCUCAAGCCGCUAUUCGUUCGAAUGGCAAACGCUAUGGCGAAACGACAGGGGUAUUUCGUUUUUGUGGACCUGAGGGAACUACUAAUUGCCAAGAUGCGACGCGCGAGUCAAUGGAAGACAAUGUUUCUAUUUAUUACUCAUCGUGCUCCAAUUCACCGAAACGAACCAAACGAGGACAUCAAGAUUUUGCCGACGUGAUGACGCUGGAAGAAAACAUUUCUUCUCUAACAAAUCUCUGUGAUUUAUGUCGAUUUAAAGAGACGUACAAACUAUACACAACGGUCGGUUUUCACGCUGACGGGAACAGAUUGAGAGAUCUAAUGCAUUUCGAUCGUUAUGCUCUAAUCAAAUUGACCUUACAAACUGCCCAGUUCGUUGACAAUGAAGAUUCUCAUGGAAACUACCCGAAAUCGAUGAAGACUAAUGCCGUUGCAAGCCGUCAGUACGGUUCGAAGAAUUCCGACAGGUGUCAAACUCAGGAUCGUUCCAAGAACAGCCAAGACUCGGACGGAAGUCCAACCACUUCGACACAACUGAAAGAAAUCGUCGUCCGUACGAAGGAUUCGGUUCCUAACCGCUCGGUAAACGAGGAAACUCUCAACUCGAAUAGCUCAAACCGAAAACAACUCAUCGACCGUGUAAGGAAUCUCAUACCAGCACUCGCAGGAGGUUCCAACGAUACUCUACAAACCCUGAAAAAUGAGCUUAAGCGCGUGUUGGCUCUUCUGUUUGGACCAGUUUACAAUAUGGGAGAGCCCAUCCUGGAUUACAAAAGGCGUUGGGACAUUCCUGCUAUUCUUAGGUUAGCUGGCGGUGGUGAAAGUUCAUUGAACAACAGCGGAUCCACGAAUUGGGGAUCUACGCAGGCAAGCGCUACCAAUAAUAAUAACAACAAUCAGACUGCUUGGGGAGGGACGUCUGGAAACCCUUCCGGAAACAGCGGCAAUUCCGGAAAUUGGUCCGGGGGCAAUGUGAACAGAUCUGUCAGUGGCAAUCUCAAUUCGAAUCAGAACCCAGGGCCACUCGGUGGACAGAAUGUUCCAGGUAAUGUGAAUAAGAUGAAUAACCCGAAUCAGCAAUCGAAUCAGCAAUCGGGUCCACCAACUUCACAAUCAAGUAGCACAAGUCAAGGUGGUCAGAAUAAUAAUCAGUGGUCACAAGGGAUGUCUAGUAAUCCUGGAGGACCUGGCCAAAAUCCUUCUAUUCCAAAUAAUAAUAAUACAGUGCAGCAACAGCAGCAACAGUCAAACUCCAAUAACAGUAAUAAUCAGCCAAAUAAUCAGGGUCAGGGGUCCGUAAAUACUAAUAAUACACCUGCUAGCAAUAAUCCUUCGACAAAACAGCAGUUGGAGCAAUUAAAUACAAUGAGAGAAGCAUUGUUCAGUCAGGAUGGUUGGGGACGUCAACACGUUAACCAGGACACAAACUGGGAUGUUCCAACAACUCCAGAGCCUAGUUCGUCUAAAGAUGGAGUUCCUGUCUGGAAACCACCAGUAAACACCGGUACAGACCUGUGGGAAGCCAACAUCAGGAACGGUGGUCAACCACCACCUCAGCAACAACCGAAAACACCUUGGGGUCAUACACCAGCAACAAAUAUUGGUGGUACUUGGGGUGAAGAUGAUGAAGCUACCGAUUCAUCGAACAUGUGGACUGGGGCUCCUACAUCUUCUCAACCGAACACUGCUGCUGGGCAGUGGACAACGGGCACCGGUAAUCAAGCCGGUAUGUGGGGAGGAUCAAAUUGGGCUGAUCCAAGAAUCGAUCAUCGUGAUCCCCGCGAUCUACGUUCCGUUGAUCCUCGUGAAAUACGAGAUCCGCGUGAUCAUAGAAUGUCUCUGGAUCCUCGAGAACAUAUACGUGUAAUGGAUCCUAUGGCUCGAGAUCCAAGAAUGACAGAUAUGCGCGGGGACCCGCGAGGUAUUUCCGGAAGAUUGAAUGGUGCAAAUGCAGACACCAUGUGGGGCCAACCACCUGGACCUCCGCAUCAUCAAAUGGGACAUCAACAUCCUUCUGGCCCGCCAACGAAAAUGUUGAAUCCUUCCAGUAUAAAUCAGUGGGCUGCUCCACCACCAAAAGAUAUUAUGCCAGGAAAACCAUCAGGUUGGGAGGAACCUUCUCCACCGACACAAAGAAGAAAUGUUCCGAACUAUGACGACGGUACCAGUCUAUGGGGUAAUGCUGCAGCUAAUCAGAGGACCAUCCCUGGAAGCAAAGUUUCUCAUUGGAAGGAUCUUCCAACGCCAAAUGUUGCUAGAGGAGGCUCACAGUGCCCUCCAGGCAUGCCACAAAACAGAAUGCCUGGUCAACCUGGAAUGAAACCAGACGUGAGUGGACCAAUGUGGGGCCACCCUGGUGCCCCUGGAGGACGGAAUGGUAGCUGGACAGAAGGUCCACACGAUACAGGUUCAUGGGACGACCCAAAGACACCAAGUACCUGGAAUGAGGCUCAGUUGAACCCAGGCACUUGGGGCGGACCCAGUACUCACAAACCUAAACCAAUGGGACCUGCUGGAAGUUGGGCAGACACCGAUAUGGAUCAUUCUCCUAGUUGGGGUCAUCCUACAAAACCCAUACUUACAAAGGAAGUCAUAUGGAGCAGCAGAGAAUUCCGAUAUCUCUGCGAUUUAGGAUUCAAAAAAGAUGAUGUUGAAUUAGCAUUGAGGAAUCGCGAGAUGAACAGAGACGAAGCUUUGGAACUUCUCAGUCAGAUUCGACCUCUAGAUCAAUGGAGAAGGCAUGAUGCACACUCUACUUAUGAUCCAAGCAAUCAAGCUACAACUGCACAAGCAUAUCCCAGAUUUAAUCAUGUCGCACAGCAGAUGUCAUUUCCGCCGGGUGCUGGAGUAGCAAGCGGAAACACAACUGGCAGUGUAGGAGGAUCGGUUGCUAGUGCAAGUUUGUUGAAAUUACAACAACAGCAACAACAAGCUGCUGUUCCUUUACAGCAACAACAACCAAGUGGCAAUGCACCACAACCACCCUUCAACCAGCCUUCUAGAACUCCUCAAAAUCAACCAAGUACUCAGCAGUUGCGCAUGUUAGUGCAACAAAUUCAGUUAGCCGUCCAAGAAGGUUACUUAAACCAUCAAAUUCUAAAUCAACCUCUUGCACCUCAAACUUUAAUACUUUUGAACCAAUUAUUGCAACAAAUCAAAGUUCUACAGCAACUUCAUCAACAGCAUUCGGUACAGAGUACUAUGAAGGGUAAUGGACAAUCGGUCCUCCAAAUAAGUGUACAAAUUACAAAAACAAAACAGCAAAUAGCAAAUUUACAAAAUCAAAUUGCUGUGCAACAAGCCACCUAUAUGAAGCAACAGCAGCAACAACAGCAGCAGCAACAACAACAGCAACAACAACAUCCUGCUCCACCGUCUCAAAGCUCAGAAUAUUAUAAGAGUUCUGUUCAUGAUCCCAUGUCAGCCUUGCAAAACAGUUUUACAGAAUUAACAAUGAACAAGGAGCCUCCUAUCAGUCAGCCACAAUCAAGACUGAACCAGUGGAAGUUACCUUCAUUGGACAAGGAUGGAGAGUUAGUUACGAAUGAAUUCUCGAGAGCACCUGGAACUACCAGUAAGCCAGCAGCUUCAUUGGCUGGUUUGACACAAUCACACAGUAGUCCUAACAUGAAUCCUUUGUUGGGUCAAGGAGAUGGUACAUGGUCCACCAGACUCGGAGAGAGUGGAUGGCCCGAUCCAGGUAAUACGGACUCUACCGAUGGAAAGGAUUGGCAACCAACUGGUGCAGCUACUUUCACAGACCUUGUACCUGAGUUCGAACCUGGCAAACCAUGGAAGGGUACACAGAUGAAGAGCAUCGAGGAUGAUCCAAGCAUUACUCCCGGUUCUGUAGUUCGUUCGCCGUUGUCCUUAGCUACAAUCAAGGAUCCGGAUGCUAUAUUCAAUUUGAGCAGCAAAACAUCACCGCCGCCUCCUCAACAACCUACUAACCUUGAUACAUCGAUACCAAGUUUGAGUAACUCUACAUGGACGUUUAACCCACCUGCUACUACCCCUAGUGCAUUCACCAGCACUAAAAUUACGUGGGGCGAGUCUGCACCACCGCCAACUGCAGUCACAUCUGAACUGUGGGGAGCACCUAUCAGCAAGGUUCGUGGUCCACCGCCUGGACUAGGCAACAAAGCCGCCGGAAACACAAGUAAUGGUUGGACAGGUCUCGGCACUGUCAGCAGAUCAUCCAGUUCAUGGGGUCUUCAAUCGAGCACAAACGCUGGCUGGGUUUCCACCUGGUUACUACUCAAGAAUCUAACUCCUCAAAUCGAUGGUUCCACUUUGAAAACUCUCUGUAUGCAACACGGCCCCGUAUUGGACUUCCGAUUAUUCCUUAAUCAUGGAAUUGCAUUAACCAAGUACUCUUCACGAGACGAAGCUGUUAAGGCACAAGGAGCUCUGAACAAUUGCGUACUGGGCAACACGACUAUAUUCGCGGAGUAUCCAGCUGACAGCGAGGUACAUACAUUGCUACAACAAUUGGGUCACGGUGGUCAGCAGCAGGCUGGAGCUACAGCAGGUGCCGGAUGGGGCCUGCGACCUUCGAACAAAAGUGGUCCGCCCCCUGAUACUUGGGGCGGCAGUUCCAGUCAAUUGUGGGGUGCCCCGCCGAGCAGUAACUCUCUAUGGAGCAACGCUAGCAUCGACAACAACGAUCAACAACGUGCUACACCCAGUUCUUUGAAUUCGUACUUACCCGGAGACCUUCUGGGAGGUGAGUCGAUGUAGAGUGCCGCACGGAAAGGCGAUAUGACUCGUGCGAUGACCAAGCCUUCUUCUUCACGAUACGUCAAUUAUAUUGCGCAUUGUCAGACGGGUCGGUUCUCUUGAAUUAGUUACUUAAAAACUUAAAUUAGCGCCGCCUAUAUGUGCACCGCACAUAUAUUCGUGCAUCCCAACUUGUCGUGUGAUUCCGCCACCAAUAGGGGAUCUGAUAUUUGAUUCUUUCUUUUGUCUCUCGUCUAAAUAGAAGUUCGAAAUCGGGAUUUACGAAGGAGAAGCUAUAUUAUAAAUUUUAAGGCUUUCGGUGUGCGCUGUGUUUUCUCAAUGGUUUGAGGUAGUACCAUUUACAAUUACAAUUGAUAAUCCGCGUACUGUUAAUAUUACGCGUACUAUGUGAUGACCGCGUACUAAGCAGUUUUAAAUCUUAAAAAUUAGUAUUAUCGUUAUGUCGCUUGUGUUACAAACCUUUGGUGUUUUGGUAUUCUAAGGUAAUACUAAUUUCAUCUGAUGACACCCCCCCGCAUACGAACCUGUGAAACGCGCAUCAUUUUUUGAUAGGCUCGUUUCAUGACGUUUGAAUCAUUGAAUUAGUAUUAUACUUCCUAUGCAAGUCGCGUUCUUAUUAAUAAAUAUAUAUUAAUAAAGAGAUAUUAAUAGAUAUAUAUUAAUAAAUAUCGCAGCAUAUGCACUUGUUUAUAUCUAUACGCAUAUAAGUACGAAUGUGUGCACGUAUAAACAAGUGUUAAAUAUAUGUAUAUAUAUGUAUGUAUAUAUAUAUACACACGUAUAUAUAUAUAUGUAUAUAUACAUAUAAACAUAUAUAUAUAUACGUGUGUAUAUAUACAUACAUACAUACAUACACAUAAAUUUCUGAUAUUCCGAUUAAUCAUCAAACAUGUAUUUUUAAUGUACUACAAAGUUUAAGUUGGUACUUUGGUAUAUUGCCGCGUACUAUUCAUCGAUGUUUUAAUAGUCCUGAUAUUAUUUAUUACUGCACGCGCAUGCUUCUGCAGUGCAAUAUACUUUAGAGGACGUUCAACUUUAAUAUGACGAAAUAUUGCAUUUUCCAAUAUUUAAAUUUUCGACCAGUUGUUAUUGAUUUAAUCUAGUAGUGAUCCUGUAAAUGAGUGUAUUCACUAAUGCGUUAUAUUUAAUAAACGCAUAUUAGUAGAUUUUUAAUUCGUAAGGUUUAUACAAACUAUCACAGCACAUAUAUGCUCUGACCGCCUUUAAUGAUAUACAUAACUCUGUACGUCGAUUUUUUAAAUAUUAUAUAUUGGUGUAUGUUAUAAUUUUUGUUUCGGUUAUUAAUAAUCUAUUAAUAUUUAAAUAUGCGCGUGCACAUACAUUAAUCGAUAUAUUAAAACAUCGAUGUGCAAAAAGCAAAUUUCAUUGAAGUGACAAGAAAUUUUGAGCUGUUGUUGUGUAAUUCGGGAAUUGAUGCACAAACGAUAGAGAGGUAAAAAAAACUACGCGUCUACACCGUAGCCGUUAGGUUCCAAGAAACAAAAAAAGUAAGAAUUAUAUAUAAAUAUAUAUAAAAUAUAUAUAUAUUUAUAUAUAUAUUUAUGAAAAACGUCGGCUAGUUUUAAACAUGGCGCUGCCAACGCUUUCUUAGGGAUGUGCGUGUAAGAAAGUAAAUUAUGAUCGAUGGUCUCACGAGUGUUCCACAUUUUUGCUCUGAAACAGUUUCCUUUAAUCGAGACUGCAAUGCGUAUUAUAUAUCAAACGUAGACUGUACCAAUCUAAUCAAAACAGGAAAAGUGGCAAAAUGAAAUAAGAUAUAAAAUGAAACAAAGAAAAUGAGAAAAAGAGAGAAACGAAUAAGCAGAAAGAAAAGAUCUUUAAACGAAGCGAAGCGAAGAUCCUCGUCGAUACUACGGGCUAUACCUACCUCUUCCAUUAGCAACGGGGAAUAAAAGAAUCGACUUUUUAGUGGAAUUUUUAUUAGUUUAAACGUAAUAGUAGCAAGGACGACAUAUAGGUAAUAAUUGCUAUCAGGAAUAAUCGUAAACAGUAAAUCGAUAUGGAUGGUAAUUAUUUUUAUAUUUUAUUGUAACUGUUAGAAAAAUCGAACGAACAAAAAAAAGAAUUUUGACGAAAAUCGGGCUGAACCGGUUUGCAAGAUAGUUGUGUUUUAAAAAUUAUGUUCGCAUGUUUGUAAUUGUUGUCAUCAUUUUCUAUAUAAUGUGAAAACAUUUAAUUGUAAUGGUAUCCUUCAUCGAUGUGCACUGUUACAUUUUUUAAGUAUUAGUCAAAUUUUAAUACUAUUACUGUAUAUUAUAUAAUAUUACUGUGUACUACUUCAACUACGAUUACUACUACUAUUUACUAUUAAUUCAACUAAAAAUCGAUUCUUCGUCUUAAAAUGUCCAGACACUUUUAAAGGGGUAGUACAUCGGGGUCCGAAUUUUUGCGACGACAACAAAAACGAUACCAAAUGUUAUCGCAAUAACGUAAAUUUUAUUCUAUAUUAAAUCUAAAUGCCACCUGUCGUGCCAAUGUCCAGCGUGUCUCUUUACCACUUACUAAUUAUAGAGUUAUAACGAA